UUCUCCCAAAGUUUUUCCUUUUUUCCGGGGGUUAAAGGCUAUGCCCAAAAAAAAAAAAAAAAAUUCCAACCAAACGUUUUCCAGGAAAACAGCAGCUGUUUUCUAAAUCCAGGCUUUAUCUUCACGAUAGCUGUUGAAAAAUCGGGUUUUUUUCCCCGCUCUUUGGAUUAUUAACGCGUACAAACGCGUCGAUGUACAGUUUUGGGUUUACGGAGUUGUGAAGGAUGGAUUUUUGUAUCGACGAAAACAUCCUGGAACAAGUCACAAGAGUUGUGUCGGAUUCGAACAAUGAAGAAAAUGAAUGGUUUGAACGGCUACUUUGCCGACAAAAAGGAGUUCAGAGAAUGUCCGAAUCUCAGAAUGCUCGUGUUCUUCGUAUCGAAACCAUGUACGCAUCACUUCUGGACGAACUUCAGAUGGCAUGGGACGAAGUCGGGGAAAUGGAAGAGGAGAGAGAGAAGACGAUGCUUGAGAUUGAAAAUGAAUGCAGGGAAGUUUACAAAAGGAAGAUCGAUGGCGUGAAGGAAGAAAUGACUCGGCUAAGACACGCCAUUGCUGAUUCUGAAGCUAAACUCAUGUCCAUCUGUUCUGCAAUGGGGGAAUCCCCUUUGUACGGUAGACAGUCUGAACAAAGCGGAAGAAGCUUAAAAGAAGAGAUGGGAAGGAUUCUUCAGCAAAUUGAGGAUAUGCAGAAGAGGAAAUCAGAGAGAAGGAAUCAGUUCAUUCAAGUCCUAUGCGAUAUACAAUGCGUAUCAGACGAGAUUAAUGGCAGAUCGGAAGAUAUUUCAUCUGAUCCAGAGGUGGAUGAAUCUGAUCUGUCCCUGAGGAAGCUCGAAGAGCUACACAGACAGCUCUAUACACUUCAAGAACAGAAGAGAACCCGGUUGAGACAAAUUCAGGAUCAUUUGAGAAAUCUCGAGUCCCUCUGUUUGGUUCUUGGGCUGGAUUUCAGACAAACCGCCUUCCAGAUACACCCGAGUCUGGUUGAGUCAGAGGGAUCAAAGUGUAUAAGUAAUGAGGCACUUAACCAGUUAGCUUCAUCGGUACAACAACUGUACGAGACAAAGAUACAGAGAAUGCAAGAUCUUCAAGAUCUCCUGAUGACAAUGCUGGAGUAUUGGAACUUGAUGGAUACACCAGUGGAAGAGCAGCAGAGGUUCAGGAACAUUACGAGUAAUAUAGCCGCCACAGUGUCUGAAAUAACCGAACCCAACAGUCUUUCUCUGGAGUUGCUCGAACAGGUUAGAACCGAACUGUGUCGGCUGGAGGAGGUAAAGUGGAGCAAGAUGAAAGAACUUGUUCUAAAGAAAAGAUCGGAGCUGCAAGAAAUCUGCAGAAAAACACACAUCGUUCUUGAACCAGACAUCGUCGAUGAGAAUGUUAUGGAAGCCAUAGAAUCCGGCGAAGUGAACCCUGAAAAUAUACUGGAGCAAAUAGAGCUCGAGGCUGCGAAGGUGAAAGAGGAAGCUCUGAGCAGGAAGGAUAUCCUUGAAAAGGUCGAAAAAUGGUUUAGCACUCGUGAGGAGGAAAAUUGGCUUGAAGAGUACAACCAGGAUGAAAACCGGUACAACACUGGAAAAGGAACUCAUCUGAUCUUAAAACGCGCGGAGAAAGCUCGUAUACUCGUCAACAAGAUUCCGGGGAUGGUUGAGGCUUUAGUUUCCAAAACUGCGGCCUGGGAAUCAGAACGAAAAGCCGAGUUUCUCUACGACGGUUGUCGCCUGCUUUCGAUGCUAGAAGAGUAUACAGAACUGCGGCAAGAGAGAGAGCAAGAGCGCCGUAGAAAACGGGACCAGAAGAAGCUUCAGGGACAGUUACCAGUGGAGCAAGAAGCGAUUACAGGUUCAAACACGAGCCCUUUGAAACCAGCGGCAAGUGGCAAGAAAAGCCUCAAGGUGACGACAAACAAAAGGGUUGCUUCAGUAUCGUUGCCUCAGACUCCUCGACCGGGUUCACCUCAAUCAGCAAAGUCUAACACUCCUCAGUCACGUCUCAGUAGAAAGAUCGAUCAGAGGUUUUAGAACAGUCUUUUAUAUUUAAAAAAAAAAACGGACAAGAAACCGAAGAUGCUUGGCUCUCGUGGCUGACAUGCUUUCUCAUCUGGGAUGUGUGGCAGAACAAUGGCUUAGGCAUUGAUUGCUGUUUUACAGAGACAUAUGUGUGUGUGUGUGUGUAUAUAUAUGUUUGGUUCGUGAAAAAUCUCCUGAAACUCCUCAAUCUGCUGCUGUAUCAUUCUUAAAUCAUACUUAGAUUCUGAAAUGUGCUCAUUUCGAUAAAGGGUUCUUCAAAAGACUGGUCUGUCAUCAUCAUCAUCUUCUUCUUCAAAGCCCUGGAAUUCAAGCAAGAAAUAUCUCUUCGUCCAUGGCGAAAAGCUAAACAUUAAUUAAAGCAUGUGCGCAUACACACACACACAUAUAUAUAUAUAUGUGUGUAUGUGUGUGUGUUCAUAUUGGGCGUUGGAGAUUUUACUUUUCUCAGGUUGCUGUUCGAACGACAAAACUGUUCCUCUUUCGACAAAGACAGUUCUGUUAAAUCGAGUCUUGGCUUUUCCCAUAAUCUGUCAUAUCUCGUCUCCUUCGCACUAUCUGUCAAAACUUUACUACGUUUCUUUUUGUUUAUAUUUACUUUUUUUUUCUUAUAAAAAAAAUUUACUUUAUUUC